UUUAAACCCGUAAGGCUCCAGUUAACGUUCAAGAGUUAUUGUUAAGUGGUUUUAAAGCAGUUAUGUUCAGUCGUAACCUGUGCAUUCGAGAGAAAAGAUUGUCGUUGCAGUGAACACGAGUUAAAAAUUGUGAUAAGAUGGAGAGUGAAGCUGAAUCGCAGAUGAAAGGCAUCGAGACCGUGCGGCCCGAGGACGUGGAUGCCUACAAGGCCAACUACAGGUGCUUCACGCCGGGGCUGCAGGCGACCGACAUCAUGGACGCCUACACCGACUGGGCGCAGACCUACGACGCGACUCUGUGCGCCGGGAGAUACAACGGACCGGAAAUGGCGGCCGAGGAGAUAGCGGCGCGAGUGGAGGAGCAUCACCGGCAUUGCGUCCGCGUGCUCGACGUGGCAGCGGGAACGGGCAAGGUCGGGAAGGAGCUCGCAAAGAGGGGAUUCACGAUGAUCGACGCCCUGGAGCCCUCGGAAGGCAUGAGGAACCUCUUAGAAGACACGGGCGUCUACUCCUACAAAUACACGGAGUUUCUUGGCCUCGGCGAGAACUCCGUGCCAGAUGACACGUAUGACGUCGUGGUGAUCGUGGGCGGUAUGGGCGAAGGUCACAUCCCCGUCAGUGGCAUUGACGACCUUAUCCGCAUCACGAAACCAGGCGGACUUGUCAUUAACGUCAUGAGGCUGGAAUACCUCGACUACGUGGAGGCUUACAAGGACAAACUAGAACCUUAUAUGGACCUCCUACAUCAGAAGGGAUGGUGGCAGAAGGUGGACAGAAAAGUUGUGCCAAAUUACGCCUUUGAUAAAGAAGGGAUCAUCUUUAUUCACAGAGUUUUGUAAUUAAUCACAAAACAUCUCGCACGCCUUUACUUCUUCUUCUUCGUCUUCCUCGUCUUCCUCUUCUUCUUCUUCUUCUUCUUCUUCUUCUUCUUCUUCUUCUCCUCCUCCUUCUUCUUCUUCUUCUUCUCCUUCUUCUUCUUCUUCUUAUUCUUAUUCUUCUUCUUCUUCUUUUCUUCUUCUUCUUCUUUUCUUCUUCUUCUUCUUCUACAUUAUGACGAGCAGUACUGUACUGAUGAUUUUCAUAUGAUAUUUUUAUUUUUUUAUAAGACGGCGAAUGGCACUGUACUGAUGAUUUAUUUUUAUACGACAGUUAACUUGACUAAAGAAAUAUAUAUAUAUAUAUGUGUGUAUCGACUGCAUAUUCUCUUAUAUGUUAAAACAGAUGUUAUAUGUCAUUAUCUCUCUUUGUCUAUUUUUAUAUUAGUGUUUUUGUGUACUCAAAUUAGUAUCUUAAUGACAGCAUAUGUAUUCACAUGAUGCAAUGAAUAAUCUAUAAGUACGUAACCCCCCCCCCCCCCACACACACACACACAGACAAUCUUUCUUUCUUUCUUUCAUUUUGACAUGACUGAAAUAUAUGUAAUGACAAACCAUAAAUCUUGGUGAUUAUUGUACGAUAAUUUAACUUAGAAUUAACUGUAAGUAUUAGUAUCAAUUAUAUAUCUGAACAGAACUAAUACAGCCAAACGCACACAAGCACGUAAAUCCUAUACGUACAAAACAAAUUGUGCGUACCUAUGUAUGAUUACAUGUGUGUGCGUGCGUGCGUGUGUGUGCGUUCAUAUAAUAUAAAUAUAUUUAUAUAUAUAUUAUAUAUCUAUAUAUAUACAUUACAGUUUAUAAUGCCGAUAUGUUAACAUACUGCAUAUGCCUUUAAUAAAAUGUUUAAUGAUUUU